GACAGAACAAUCUCUCUCCCCUCUCUCUAAUAAACACCCGCCUGCAAAACAGAGAAGUCAGGGAGGCACAUUAAAACCAGGAGUGCUCCAAAGAAGCCCAAACCUAUAAAGGAGGACACAUUUAUUCACUUAUCCCGUGAGAAUAAGGUGAUGGCGGUGGAAGUCUCCAGGGAUCUGACCGUGCAGGUGCUGGAGGAUACAAACAUUGUCAAGCUGCAGGACAAACAGCAGGCUCUGCGCACUGCCAUCCAAAGAGGAGAGCCCAAAUGUCUGGGGGUGAGUCAGAUGAUGCUGGGGCUGAUGGUCAUGUCCUACUCCAUUCCUCUGCACUUCAUUGAGUUCACUGAGGUGGUCACCCUGGGGGUUCCAUGGUGGAGUGGCCUGAUAUUUAUGGCAACAGGAGUGGCCGCUGUCAUCUUGGACAAACACUGCACCAUGAAGGCUCUGCAGGUGUGUUUGGCGGCAAGCGUGGUGUCCUUGACAGUGUCACUGGUGGCUGUGAGCAUCUACUCUGUGGACAUAGACAGGAGUCCCGAGGAGCCAUGUGCCAAGACAAUACACGGCUGUGGCGAGAAAUACUACGCCAUGAGGCUGAGCAAAGGAGUGAAGACGUCCCUCCUUCUCUUCACCUUGGCCCAGGCAGUCAUCUCUGGCAUCUUCUGCUUCCUGCUCUUCAGACAGAGACGCAGCUUCGGACCGUCUUACAGUUCUCUCACUCAAGCUGCUCAAUCAGAUUCCACAGCACUAACCCAGGAACAGAACUGAUCAUUCACUGGACCGGUGGUCAGUGAGGUGAUGAUCAUGAUGAUGAUGAUGAUGAUGAUGAUGAUGAUGAUGAUGAUGGUGGUGGUGAUGAUGAUCGUGUUUCAUCAUGUUGUUCAGACUGAAUUUGUUUAUCUACUUAUAUAUGACUUAUCCACACUGUUCUACCUGACGUGUCACUGUCAUCUGCUUUCAACAUUGUUUUUAUGAAUGUCACGACCUGAGUAUUAGAUUAUUGGUAGACUUCAGCCAAAAUGUUAAACAAACACUGAGCUGUAAUCAAAAAAAUGAAGAGAGAAAUGAAUGAACGGAUGAAAUGGUAACUAACAAACAUUGGAAUGACCAUCGAGACAUCGAGAUCGUUCUCCUCUCUGCUAAAACCAUCACACAACGCUUUUGUGGCCAGAAAAAUGUGAAAAUGUGUCCUGAUGAUGGCGGCAAACUGUCUGGGUGGUACAGGAUGCAAAGUGCAGCCAUGUGUGCAGGAAGUGGUGGGCAUUGUUGUGUCCGCAGGUUCAGGGUGCAUCUGAUAUCUGUUCACAGGUUAGGCAGAAAUGUGCCUUUACCAUCAUUCUUGUGUUGCUAAUCAGACUGCAGAGGAAGUCUUGGCCUGGAUAUCCGUUAUCCUUCUUCCAGAUAUCUGGAAGCCCAGAAACAUUAGCCAAUCAGAAGAUAGCCGAUGGGUACCAAAGUUUAGGUUAAAAGCAUCAAUAUUUGGAAGAUCCACCAUCUGUUUAGCCAACCAUGUCACAAAGACUUUGUCAGGUUGAAAAACAGUUGAAAAAACUAGGCCAGACAAUAAUCUGUAGACUCUGGAACACAGUGAAAAAAGGUUCUAUGUUCUGCUGAGAGGAAGGUCUUUAUGGGUCUCAUAAGUUUUUAAGGUGUCACAUUUCACAAGUCACACGCUCCCUGAAUUUCUUGACUAGAAAGGAUCAAGAGGAUCCACACAAAUAGGCGAGGCUCACAAACAUAUUUCCAUUAUAUCUGUUAUAUAAUCUAUUCCAAACAUGCUAAAUUGAUGCAUAAAUGAUGAUAUAUAAGUGAUAAAUGACAGACACAGAUUUACAGACACAAAUCAGUCUGCAUUUAUUUGUGUAUAGUGUUCUUCAAGUUAUGGAACCUGACUUUUGUUUGUGAGACACCAGAUUUUGACCAUCACUGUGUUAAAGAGGCGAUUCAGACCAAAUCAUGCAGAAUGCAGGUUCUUCCAUUCAUUUGAAGAGAAGUCGCCUGUUCAUGCUGCAGCGACCUGCGGAGGAGAAGUUGAAAUAGAAACCCAACAUGAUGUCACGCUGUGAUGGCCAAUCCAGCAAUCAGAUCAGUCAAAUGUCUCCAUAAUCAACCUGAAAUGUGAUUCAAUCCAGGCAGAGUUCAGUUCAUGGACUCCAUGUUAUUUGAUCUGAUUGUUUCACAGCACAAACCGCCAAACAACCCUGCAGCUAAUCACCACAUCGCCUGAUUUGGUCUGAAUAAAUCCAAUUAGCACCCCCACCACGGUGAAGCCUGGUGGUAGAAGCACUGUUAACGGCAUACCUCUCUGCAACAUGCCUUGUUAGGGUAGAGAGUCAAUACAGCUAAAUACGAAGCAAACCUGAUGCAGUCUGUGAGCUUUCCAUCAGGACAGUGAGCCCAAUGUAAAGCCAAAACUACACAAGAGUUUCUUUAAAGCAGCUUGCUCAUGGUGGGAAUUGUUGAGUCUCUGUACAAAGUCCAGUCUAGACCUGCCCUACAGUAUAUGGAAAGUGUCACGAGAUUAUGUCUGUUUGGUGCUACAAGCUAGUAAAUAGACUUUCCAAAGUCAGUAAUCAAUCAUGAACUUUCAUGUAUGAUAAUGUUAACGUCCUGGAUUAAACUGCAACCCACUCCACAAUCUGUGGACAUAAAAAACAGGAAAUCCUCUCGGCUGAAGCUGAAACUCUACUACAGUCGGUCAUUUUCUGCCUCGUAGCACUGCGAUGUACAGAGUUGCCAGAACAGCAACCUCGUGUAUCUGAGAGGAAUCCUCACCUGUGAACAGUGCUGCAAUUUGCUCCUCAUGCCCACACAGACACAAAGCUCUCUGACUUGUUCAUUUGAGAAUGUUUCCACAAUGUUCUGUUUUUUUUUUCUCUCAGUUUUGGAGCAGAUGUGUGUAUGGCACAAAGUAUACAUUUUCAUGUGCACUGUUUUUUUCGUUGUUGUUUUUUUCUAAACACAGACAUGUUCAUCCAUUUUGUACUAACUCUUUGAUAUAGUUUUGUGUAUUUUGUGGAGACUAAAAUCACAUGUACAUAAAUAUGAAUUAAACCUGUGAUCCAGUGAGA